UCCCGACGGUGUUCGAAAACUACACGGCGAGUUUCGAGAUUGACACGCAGCGGAUCGAGCUGAGUCUGUGGGACACCUCUGGUAGGACACAAACUCUGACAGCGCGCGAAUUCACAAUGCAGAGUUGUGCAAAUGAAAUAUAACGUCCUCGGGAAAAGUUAAGAUUUCUCCUUUAGGGCGCUGAACGAAAAACUUCGGGAAACUUCCAGAAUCUUCACACGCGUGACGCGGCUAUUGAUAAGCGCAGAGUGUGAGUUUGAGAUGUUCCCAGGAGCCCAUGGCCCAUGAUGAUCCUCUACUUGAAAUAUUGCAUUCAACGCUUUUUUUGAGCUUCCUUGACACCCGCGGAACUUUUUUAAAAUCAGUGGAUCCUCGGGAGGAAACAUUUACCCUCCGCUACGCGGCCGUCACAGACUCCAGGGGGAUUUCCUCAAGUCCUGUGAAGUGGAGUGUCUUAAGUCCUGCGCAGGCUGGGCGGCGGAGUGUGACGUCUCUUCUCUGGAAUGCGAGGAACGACGCUGGCUGGAGUCACACUUUUGAGACGCCGCAAGCUGAGGCCCCGCCCACCAGGGUCGCACGGCGAAGCGACCGUUCGGAAAAGGUCCCCAUAUUAUGACAAUGUCAGACCUCUAUCUUACCCCGACUCGGAUGCUGUCCUCAUCUGCUUUGACAUCAGUAGACCAGAGACACUGGACAGUGUGCUAAAAAAGUGGAAGGGGGAGAUUCAAGAGUUCUGUCCUAACACAAAGAUGCUGCUGGUGGGCUGCAAAUCUGACCUGCGCACAGACCUUUCCACACUAGUUGAACUGUCUAGCCACAGGCAGACCCCAGUGUCAUAUGAUCAGGGCUCCAACAUGGCCAAGCAACUUUCUGCACCUUAUAUUGAGUGUUCAGCCCUACAGUCUGAAAACAGUGUGCGGGACAUCUUUCACGUGGCCACCCUGGCCUGUGUCAACAAGGGCAGCAAGCAUGUUAAACGCAGCAAGACCACCAGAACCACCAAGCGCAUCUCUCAUAUGCCUGGGCGACCUGAUAUUACCACUGUGUCUUCUGAUCUACGAAAGGACAAAGCCAAAAGCUGCACAGUAAUGUGACUGGUUUUUGGUUGGUUUAAUGGACAUGAUGCAAGUGGUGAGGAACAGUGAAAGGUGCAACAACCCAGCCCCUGUAAUAUGCAGAGCAGCAAGGGGUACAAGGGCCUUAUGCUUUGUACUUUUGAGUUCAGGUCAUACUGAGCUGAGGUUUUAUGCACAGCACACAACCUGGACUGGAGAACACUGUGCUGUUCAGUAAAUGUGCACAUGCGUUGUGAAAACUGGAGUCUAGUGACCCUCUGGCUGAUGUGCUCAGUAGUGAGGCUCCCUGAUCUUUAGCACCUCAGUCAUUUAGUUUAGUCCUGCCAGCUUAUUUUCCUUUUCAAUCCCUAAAUGAAGCAAUUGCUGCUUAUUGACCACUUUUUAAAUCAGAUCAGUGUCAUUUCAUCAGCAGUUUAGGAAGAAGCUGUCAAGGCCAUAGGAACCUCUGCAGGAAAUGAAAUGGGGAGGUAGUCUAAAGGUUCCCCCAUAUUCUCCCCUGUUUUUUUUUUUUUUUAAAUUUGAUCAAAUUCAAUGUUCAUGUUUUAAACUGUGUAUAAAAUGCUUGGGUUGGUUUCUCAGCCUUAAGGAAAUGGGUGAGUAAUGGAAGGACAGUGACAGCCUGCCACUGUAGGGGGAGAGGACUAAUACCACCCCAUGAGCUUAUAACAUGGGGACUGGGAGUGAAUUGUUUUUUAUACAGCUACUUUUGCUACACCAUCAUUCAACUAUUUAGUUGUCCUGUUUCUUAUAAUGGUCUUUAAGAACCUCAAAGCAUAUUCUGCCCAUUAAGCCAAAGAAAAGGCUUGUGUUGAACACCUGAGAUACUGUAACCAAACAGCAACUCAGACAGUAGGGCCUUGUUCAGGGGUGUUGAUCAUAACAUACAGGGUGUUUGGGUUUUUGGUGGCUUGUUUUGAUUUUUGUCUUUCUCAGUUGUAAAUGUGUGCUCUAGAGUACAAGCUACUAUAAGAGUAGCUGUGUCAUAGCUAGCAGGGUGAAAAAGCUCACACUCUCUCAGCUUUCUACUGUCUGAGAAACUGUUGUCCUCUGCAAGGAAGUUCUCAGCUAUGCAAUAGUGGUCCUUUAUUAAGGGGUCUAAGGAAAAACCAAUGAAGUCUUCUGACAUUGUCUGGUUCAAGGUUCUAGUGAUGGUGCUGGUUUUCUGAGCUUUUUCUUCUGGACUUAAAUUUUUAAGUGCUGGGUACUAAAAUUUUCAGUGUUAGUGUGUACAUGGAGUUUACUUUUGGUUUUUGUUGUAUCCCAGUGUAUUACUCGCACUGGAGAAUUGCUUUUGCAAUUGUGUGAUGUCAACAGUAUUACGUAACUGGCAAAUUUCCUGUAAUUUAUAGAAAUGUUAAAUGUAAAUCAUCUUUUUAAUGUUUUACAUCUUUGUUUAUGCAGUAUUUAUUGAAGCAUAUUUUUCUUUGAAAUAAAUGCUAUAUUAGCUAAGUUAAAUUUAGAACUUAGUUUUUUGAUUGACAUGAUUUUCACCAUGCAAGUUCUGAUUUAAGGAGUACUUUUUUGAAGGUUUAUGUUGGGAGAGACCAAGGAGUGGAAGAGUGGCAACUAAUGCAGUUAGAGGGCUACAACUUGGGAGUUCAAGGCUGCACCUCCAUUGGCCUAACACUAAAAUCAGCAGAAUUUUAAAAUUUAAAAUAUGGUUUUUGGAAUAAUCAACAGAUCCACUGACUGCCCUAUAAAUCCCAUCUCAUCAGGUCAGACUGGCAGCGCAAUGAGCUGAAUUCCUCCAGUUGUGUACUGUACCUGGAUCUUUACUACAUCAGAAAUGCAUUUUCAAGCUUGGGGGGAGGGUUAACCUGUUUUCUUUGCUCUUUUUGGUCUAAACUGGACUGGUCCUAUUGUUUAUCAGGUCCACUAGUACCAUUUUCCCCCCCCAAAUGAGAAUUCAAAAUUACUCUGUAUUAAGCAUAUAAAAAAUGAGGUCAGUGAUCACAUGUGCUUUGUCUGAAAUUUGUAUCCUGCAUUCAGGCUGCCAAAAAUAGAAUUGUAAUGUUCCAUUCCAUGCAUUUUGACUGAUCAGACAUGAAAGGUGUAUCAAAACAACUUGGGCUUUUAUGAAGCAUCUAAUGGACAACUACAGUUAUGGUUGUGCUCAUAGUUUGUAGAGUGGGUCUUUUCAGAAGCAAAUGUUUGCAGGAAUAGAUCUCCUGCCCCCAAGGAUU